GGACGGAGUUGCAGUGUGGGGAGAAUCAUGGAGGCAAACGGAGUAGAAAGUUGCAACGAUGAAAGUUAGGGAGUUCUUCCAAAGGCCAACAGAAAUACAUUUACGCCCCCUGUGAAUCAAUAAGCGUCCCCCGGGGGGUCUUUUUAAAGCUUUAUCGAAGUUUACAAGGCAACGAGCCUCUCCACUGACUGUUCUGUACACUUUGAGAAUGUGCGAGUCGGUUAGCAUUAGCAGCUAGCUGGCUAGCGGCGUGGUGACAGAAGCGUCAGGAGGCGAACAAAAGAUUUUCGUGGCUUUUUUCCUCCUCUCUCCAUCCGGCCGACCGCACUGACACUCGGUCCAUGCAGAACGGGGCAUUAUCAACACAAUGCCCGUGAUACUUUUUCUGAUAGACACGUCUGCCUCUAUGAACCAGCGCUCCCAUCUGGGCACUACCUAUCUGGAUAUAGCCAAAGGUGCCGUUGAGACUUUCCUGAAGCUCAGGAGCAGAGACCCGGCGAGCAGAGGAGACCGAUACAUGUUGGUUUCUUUCGAGGAAGCUCCUGCUGGAAUCAAGGCCGGAUGGAAAGACAGCCAUGCCACGUUCAUGACGGAGCUGAAGAACCUGCAGGCCGCUGGUCUCACCACGUUUGGCCAGUCUUUAAGGACUGCUUUCGAUUUGCUCAACCUCAACCGAUUAGUGUCUGGGAUAGACAACUAUGGACAGGGCAGAAACCCAUUCUUCUUGGAGCCUGCCAUCAUCGUGGCCAUUACUGAUGGCAGCAAGCUGACCAGCACUUCUGGGGUGCAGGAUGAGCUCCAUUUGCCCUUGACGACACCAUUGCCAGGCAGUGAGCUGACAAAGGAGCCAUUCCGCUGGGACCAGCGCCUUUUCUCAUUGGUCCUACGCAUUCCAGGCAAUGCCUCUCUAGAGCCAGAACCACUGGGUGGAGUCCCACCUGAUGCCUCUCCCGUCACGCCAAUGUGUGAGGUCACAGGAGGCCGCUCGUACAGUGUGUUUUCCCAGCGGAUGCUGAACCAGUGUCUGGAGUCUCUGGUGCAGAAGAUUCAGAGUGGGGUGGUCAUAAACUUUGAGAAGACGGGACCAGACCCAGCUGAGGAUGGUCCAGUGGAGGUGAAGUGUGGACCUCAGCCAUGGCACAGCUGUCAUAAACUAAUCUAUGUCCGACCAAACCCUAAAACGGGCGUCCCCGUCGGCCACUGGCCCAUUCCGGAGUCCUUCUGGCCUGACCAGAACUCUCCUACUCUGCCUCCGCGUAUGGCCCAUCCUCAGGUGCGGUUCUCUUGUGUGGACUCAGAACCUAUGGUGGUGGAUAAGGUUCCGUUUGACAAAUAUGAGCUGGAGCCAUCGCCCCUCACGCAAUACAUACUGGAGAGGAAGUCUCCACACACCUGCUGGCAGGUGUUUGUGAGUAACAGCGCUAAAUACGGUGACCUCGGGCAGCCCUUCGGCUACUUGAAGGCAAGCACUGCUCUCAACUGCGUCAACCUGUUUGUUAUGCCCUACAACUACCCUGUAGUGCUGCCCCUCCUUGAUGACUUGAUUAGAGUGCACAAAUUCAAGCCCACAGUGAAAUGGCGCCAGUCCUUUGAGACCUACCUGAAGACCAUGCCCCCAUACUACAUCACGCCGUUGAGGAAGGCGCUGCGAAUGAUGGGGGCUCCAAACCUGCUGGCGGAGAAUAUGGAGUAUGGAUUGAGCUACAGCGUGGUGUCCUACCUCAAGAAGCUCAGCCAGCAGGCGAAGGUGGAAGCGGAUCGAGUGUGCGCGUUGGUCGGGAAGAAGCCGGGACCGGAAGGUGGGAUUAAACUCCGAUCCAGAGGCUCUGCGUUCUCAUUGGCUCACAGGAAAGAUUUCAAACAACUGCUGCAGAGUAUCACUGGGGACGGACCAGCUCUGCCUGUCGAGUCUAACCCUAAAGAGUUUUCAGGGUUCCAGCUCGCUGUUCUCAACAAGGCCCUAAAGCCGCAGGGGUUGCGAAACCCAUAUGACAUACCCAGAGAGCACCUGUUAGACCAGCUGAGCCGCAUGAGGCGGAACCUUGUGAAUGCCGGUGUGUGUAUCCUGAGGGGCCAAGAUCAAGAUCAGGUUCACAGUGUGCCAAUAGCACAGAUGGGGAACUAUCAGGACUUCCUAAAACAGUGCCCCGCCCCCUUGCGGGAGGCAGAUCCGGAUCAGCCAAAACGGCUGCACACCUUUGGCAACCCCUUCAAACUGGAUAAGAAGGCAAUGAUGGUGGACGAGGCAGAUGAGUUUGUGACAGGCACUCAGGGGAAAGGGAAGCGCCCUGGUGAGCCCAGUUCUCCUGCUGGAGGAGGCGCCCCCAAACGUAGGAGAUGCAUGUCCCCGCUUCUGCGUCCUGGACGAGCAUACACGCCGCCGAAUAAAACGCCGCCUAGAGUUCCAGAUAACCACUCCUCAGUGGAGAACCAUGUGGGCCAUCUUGAGCCAGACCGUACCCCUGACACAGAACCCUCUCCUGGAUCAGAGUCAGCAGCAUCGUCCCCUCACCUGCCAAAAAACCACUUGGACGUGGAUGAAGAGGAGCAGCCGCAGGAGCCCACACGGGAGAACGGCCAGUCCAACGAAGAGGAGCCAUCAGUGGGAGGAGAGGAAGAUGAGCAAGUCACCCGGCGCUACCCGUCCCCUAACCAGCUGAAGAAGAUGAGAAAGGAGGAAGGCCAGGAGCUGAACACAGAGCUCCGUGUUCUCAUCACCAAGGAGAUCAGGAAACCAGGCAGACGUUAUGAGAAAAUCUUCUACCUCCUGAAGCAGAUCCAGGGGAGUCUAGAAACACGACUUAUCUUCCUACAGAACAUCAUCAAAGAGGCAGCCAGGUUUAAAAAGCGAGUUUUGAUCGAGCAAUUGGAGAACUUUCUAGAAGAGAUCCACUUAAGAGCAAACAAUAUGAACCAUCUGGAUGGCUUCUGACCUUUCUGCUCUGGACGUGAGGCAUUUGGACAUGCUCUUAGUAUGUGGACGUGAGUGUGCUGCCUCCACACUGAAGCAGACUGUGUGGAUAGCAGCAACAGGAGUAAACGCACUGCAUUAGUCAACCUCAGGGCAAGGGCAAAGUGGAAUAUUAUUCCUGGGUUCUCUUACUCCUUUUUUUUUUUUUUUUAUAAACCUUCCUCCAAUUCUCUAGCCUGUUUUUUGUCCAUUUUAAUCCCUGUUGUGUCCUCCUCACCCUGCUGUUUUCUUUCUUCUAUGCCAAAGAGAGAUUUUCUCCAGCCUUUGCUUAACAAUAAUCCUCUACCAACCAAUGACGUUUCACUCAGUAUUUGCCACCAAGAGGAAGUCUUGUCCUUUUUGCACCUGAAAUUGGACUCUAAAUCAGUCACUGCCUAUUCAUGAUCUCCAUUGUAGUCUGCAUGGAAGGGUUUAAAGGCUAAAUUUGUCUUUUGUCAUAUUGGACAGUUAGUCAUUCAGUAGAAUAUAGCAGAAUUCUAAUCUACACUGAUCUAGUGAGUGAUGACAUGCUUGGUUUAGAGAGGUCAGCGUUACCCACUUAAACUGUAGUAACAAAUUCCACUAUUUGUACCUCUUUUAUUAAUUUCUAACAAUUGAUUUCGCUGAAAUGAAUUUUGUUUAGCUGAGUUAACACUGACCUGACAUUCUCCAACAAACACCAACAUUCAAAUGUAGUCAGAAUGUUGAACAGAAUAUGAACUGACCAGCUAACCUGUGUAAAUGGAGAACAUUCUAGAACAGCGUGACUGAGUGGCGAAAAUGCUUGAAUCACGCUCGAAUGGUUCUAGAACAUUGUAAAUGGGGGAGAAUGUUCUGGAACAGUAUGAAUGAGGGCGAGUAUUCUAGAAAGGUGUCCUUUAUCGACACUGUUGUAGAAAGGUCUACCACAUUCACACUGCUCUUGCACACUUGAAGGGUUCUAGAACAGUGUGAAUGGGGGAGAUCGUUCCAGAAUACGUUGAAUCUGAACGGCCAAAACAUUGUGAAGGAGAAUGUUGUACAAGGUGCUCCUUUAUUCGUCCUUUUCUAGAAAGUUCUUCCUCAUCCACACUGCUCUUGCACACUUGAAGGGUUCUAGAACAGUUUGAAGUUUAAAUAAGGGGAGAGCAAUCUAGAACAGUGUGAAUAAGCGAGUGUGAGUAAAAGAAAAUGUUGAACAGUAGAACAGUGUGAAUAGGAGAACACAUUCUUAAACAGUAUGACUGAAAACGUUCUUCAUUCGCAGUGUUCUAGAAAGUUCUUCCUCCAUCACAAUGCUCUUGCACACUUGAAGGGUUCUACAACAGUGUGAAUGCGGGAGAAUGUUGCAGAAUACUAGGAAUGAGAACGGCCAAAACUGUGCGAAGGAUGGAGAAUGUUGUACAACUCCUUCAUUCAUCCUUUUCUAGAAAGUUCUCCCUCGUCCACACUGCUCUUGCACACUGUGUUCUAGAAGAGUGUGAAGCUUAAAUAAGGGGAGAGCAAUCUAGAACAGUGUGAAUGGGAGAGCACAUUCUUGGACAGUAUGAUUAUUCUAGAAAGUUCUUCCUCCUUCACACUGCUCUUUCCUACUUUGUUCUAGAACAGUGAAUUUUGGAGAGAAUGUUCUAAAACAGCGUGAAUGUGGGGAGAAUGUUCUAGACGACCAUGAAAGGGAGGGAAAUGAAUGGUAUGAAUGAGGGAGAGGGACCCAGUCACACACUGAGGUCCAGCCCAGCGAUUAGCCUUGUUGGUGUGGGUUGGGAGCGUUGGUGUGCUCUGGGCCUAAAGGUACCACAGAAUUUCUGAAGGACCGUAACUCGGCACAUUUUAGUGUCUUCUCUGUUCUUGCACACUUGAAGGUCUCAGUAAUUAGCUGAUGAGUUGAAUGGCUGGGAGUUUGUUGUGUAUCAUCUGUCCCUCGUCCUGCCUUAAACAAAUGUUUAACACGUGACACACAGUGCUGAUGUGUACAGUGUAGUGAAUUUGAGGCACAUGGGUCUGCUUUGGGACAAGAUUCCUCUAAAAACAGACUGGACAAGGAAAGAUGUUUUUCCUGCAGGACACUGGAUAAAAUGUAAUAGACUUGACAGGCUUAUCAAAGGACAAGACUUCAGUCAGGUUUGCUGCCAUUUUAACAUCCGUUCAUUAUUUAGUGAGGUUCAUGCGGUAGCGAGUUCGAGGCGAGGCACUCUGCUCAAGGACAGGCCUCACUAGCCAGAUUUCUCAGAUGUGAAUUAGACCUGAUCUUGGCCUGCAUUGCAAAGACAGUGGUGUUUCGUUGUUUAGUCUAGAUUUGGGCUUAAUCUGAGUCUACCUUUCAUCCCUGCCAUCUUUAAAUCCCUGCUUGUCCUCACCAGUACUUCUCUCGCCUAUCUCUCUCUCUCCUCUCGACCCACCACAGGGACCAAAUGUUUGCCAUACUACUACUAUCUGUAUGUUUUGAGGCUCUUUAAAAUGAUAUUUUGAGUACAUUGUACAAAUGUAAAUAAGUAAAUUGAAAGUAUUAUUUAAAGGAUGUUUCUUGCAAAAGCCUUUUUUUGUAAGUAUUUGAAUGAAUAAAGUUUCUAUUUUA